AUGCAGCAGCAGAGUCGACAGCCUGAGCUAGUGGAAGGAAGCCUUCCCGUGUUUGUGUACCCCACAGAGCUCGUCUUCUACGCAGACAAGCAGACCUCCCACAAGCAGGUGCUCACCCUCUACAAUCCCUAUGAGUUCGCCUUCAAGUUCAAAGGUAAAUAAAAAAGACAUUUUUUGAGUUUCAAGACAAGGUAUUUUUAUAAGAACCAUUUUAGCCAUCAAGUCAAGAGAACCAAAUUGAUACGGUAGUGUUAAGUGUUGAUUUAUACACUACUGAUUCACAGUAUCUUCUCUCUGUCAGUGCUAUGCACAGCGCCAAACAAGUAUACUGUGGUGGACUCCACCGGAGACGUGAAACCACAGUGCUGUGUUGACAUGUGAGUAAUAUGACAGAAUAAGCUUAUUAUGUACACUACUAGUCAAAAGUUUGGACACACCUACUCAUUCAAGGGUUUUUAUUAUAAUUUUUAAUUUUUUACAUUGUAGAAUAAUAUUGAAUACAUCAAAACUAUGAAAUAACACAUAUGGAAUCAUGUAGUAACCAAAAAAGUAUUAAACAAAUUAAACAAAACAUUUAUAUUUGAGAUUCUACAAAUAGCCUCCCUUUGCCUUGAUGACAGGUUCCGUUACCCUCCUUUUAGGCAUAUUCAUGAAGGACAUGAUGUUCAUGAUGUGCCACUGCAAGCCUGAGUGCAAAUUAUGAAAUAUCAAGCAAUAUUAAGAGAAAGAUUUCAUCGGAAGCAAUCGUCUGCUUAGAAAAUGCAUAGUCAUUCCAUUCAAAUAUUCUUAUCGUUCAAUUUAGUUUUCCUGUCUGUGUAUGUGUGUGUGUUCUCAGAGUAAUUCAACAGAAAUAUGUGCGGGCCUGCCACAAUGGGGUGUAUGAUAAGUUCCGGCUGCAGGUGUCAGAGCAGAGUCAGAUGAAGGCCCUGAGCCGGAAGGAGGUGAUGGCCACUCUGAGGCCCUCACUUGUCCAGGAGCCCUCCAGUCCCGGCCCCAGGAGGAGGAGCGACGGAUGAAGGAACAGCUGGCUGACAGCGUCUUCUUUGAGUAGACCACCUUCCAGACAGGUAGGAGUAUGACUGACUGCUGAAAAGGGAUAUCUUGCCCAAACUUAGCUAUGGAUCCCUAUUAAGUACGUUAUGUGCCCUGAGAUUUCGAGACCAAAAAUAUAUUAGCCAACAUUAUGUAAGGCAGCCAGCUAUAGGCUACAUUUGUUGUUUAGAUGGACUAUCCUUUAACUGAAAUGGAUGCACUGCAUGCUAUUAUAUUGUUCUGACACUAGAUGGUGCCAGAUACCAAUACAAGUCGAGAGUGAUCAACUGAGAGGGGCCCAGCCUGCUGACAGUGCUACUGGAGCUGGUGUGUAUGGCUGCCCUCAUGCUGCCCACCCUGGGGGAGCAUGAAUCCACCGUGCCAGUCUACCUCCACUUAAGUGUUAACAAUAAAAUUGUAGCUGCUUAUGUUCUA